CCCCCUCCACCAAUCGCCGCUCGCUAUCUGCUCUGCGCGGCGUCGCCCAGAGGAGCACUGUGGCUUCCGCCAGGCCUCCGCCGGAAGUGUGAUGUGGCUGUGAGCGGGUCGCCAUGUCUGCCAUCUUCAACUUUCAGAGUCUGCUGACUGUAAUCUUGCUGCUCAUAUGUACCUGUGCCUAUAUCAGAUCCUUGGCUCCCAGCUUACUGGACAAAAAUAAAACUGGACUAUUGGGAAUAUUCUGGAAAUGCGCCAGAAUCGGUGAACGGAAGAGCCCAUAUGUAGCUGUGUGCUGUGUGGUGAUGGCCUUCAGCAUCCUCUUUGUACAGUAGCAACUGGAGAGUGUCUCCUGUGCCCUACUACCAAACAGCAGAGCAUGGAAGAACUUCUGGCAGGAAAACUUUGGGAAGUGUCGUCUACUCUCCUCUUCUAUGUUGGAUAUCUUGUCUCUUUGUGGACAACCCUCUUCCUCCAAAUGGACCAUCAUGUACAGUAUUAGUGAUCAUAAUGUAACUAACUCCAGUAUAAGUACAUUCUAAUGUCACAUCAGUACUGACACUGCUGAUGUAACUGUUAAAAAUGUGUCUGUUGUGUAUCUGAGUUCCACGGGAGUAUAUUUUACACCAUGCAGUUGAAUAGGCUUUUAAUGUUUAUGUUUGGUACACCUACUUAAAGAAAUUUAAAAAAUGACAUAUCUAGCAAUAGCAAUAAGACCACUCUUACAAGAAUGAAGAACAUUACAGGAUAUGUUUACAGAAGCAUUUUCGGUUCUUACUGUCUGAACAAAUCCUAUGAUGUUGUGAUAGGUAUAUUCACAUGCUUAAAGCACGACCUCUUGUUUAAGUUACAUUCAACUUUUAUUUUGUAAACUUGAGAUUUCUCAAAUAAUCUAUCAAUAUUUUUAUUGUCAAGAUGAAAUAUAUAUAAAGGCAGGGAUUGGGAUCAUUAUUGUAGUGAUGUCAGACUAUCUGUUGAGGAUGCACAUACGUGGGAUUUGAGAACCUUGACUACUCUGAAAUAUAUGUAUUCAUCUUUAGAAAUCUAACUCUCAGAUUCUCCAUUCUCAUUCUCCAUUUUUUCAAAAUUGUGUCAAAAAGAUUCUAAUGGCUCAUGUGCUGUUUUUGAUGCAUUUAAUACAAGGUUGUUAAAUUAGCUGACUGAAUGGUUAGCUUCUCAGAAGUCUGCAGGUACAGAAGUUGCAUGUCCCAAUGUUCUAAAGGUUAAAGAAAACAGCUAAAUUAGAUUACACUUAUUAUUAUGUUAUCUUUAUAUAAAAAAAAUAGGUUAUCUUUAUAAAUACCUGCCAUUAGUGUUUGUUCUAUAAUUUUUCAAACUUUUACUGAUUUAGUAACUUAUUUUAAUAGUGCCUAACAGGUGCGUUCAUACCAGACAGCUACAUGACUUCAUAUUGACUGCAUUUGAGAGAGUUGUCUGUCAGCAGUACUUUUUGUUGUUCUAAAAAUGUGCGUGAUCAGAAUGAGCUUAGCUGGCAAUAAAACACACUGAAAGA